GAUCCCCUUCUUACACUGUCCAGUGUCCACCUCUGCCCCAAAAAACGACAAUCAAAUAAACAAACCAAAAAAAAAAAAGAGAGAAUCAAAAAACAAAAGAAAAAGAAAGAAAAAAGCAAAACAGUGCUGGAAUCUUCUGUUGUGUAUUGAUUUUUCGCAACAAUACGAUAAAAACGCCGGCUGCCUGACUACUAUUUGAUUUUUCAAAAACGUAUUUAUAAAUAGAUAAACAAAUCGACAAACGUUGUAGUUGUUAGUUGAUCCAAAGCUGUUUUAACCAGAACGCCCCUUUGACUCUCUCUCCUCUCUCUCUCUCUCUCUCUGCAAUUCGUUGAACUUCUCUUCUCUGUCGCAUUAUUAUUAUUAUUAUUAUUAUUAUUAUUAUUAUUAUGAAGUGCUUCCACUUCACGAGCGGCGAGAGGCGGGAGCGUGACGACGAGGACGGCGUCGUUUCGCGGGCGUCGAAGCUGUCGUGGGCCCGGUCGCUGAGUGUGGCCUCCAGCAGCGUUGACAGCACGAGGCGCUCCGAGUUCGACUCGGACUCCAGAGACCUGUCCGACUCGGUCGCCUUCUUCGACUUCCUGAGCCAACGCCGAGCCAAUGAUCUGAGGGUCUUGACCUUCUCGGAGCUCAAAUCGGCCACCAGAGGAUUCAGCAGAGCCUUGCUCAUCGGCGAGGGAGGCUUCGGCUGCGUCUACCGAGGCCAUCUUAGGGUUCCCGGCGCCGACGACCUUGGUUCCAAGAUUGACGUCGCUAUCAAACAGUUGAAUCGCAGCGGAUUCCAGGGGCAUAAGGAAUGGAUAAAUGAAGUGAACCUUUUGGGUGUUGUCAAGCAUCCGAAUCUUGUGAAGCUAGUGGGAUAUUGUGCAGAAGAUGAUGAAAGAGGGAUUCAACGACUUCUGGUGUAUGAACUCAUGCACAAUAAAAGCUUAGAAGACCAUCUGUUGGCUCGAAUGCCAUCUGUUCUCCCAUGGCUUACAAGAUUACAAAUUGCCCAGGACGCAGCCCGUGGCUUGGCGUAUCUCCACGAAGAAAUGGAUUUCCAGCUGAUAUUUCGCGAUUUUAAAACAUCGAAUAUUCUGCUAGACGAGGAAUACAAUGCAAAACUUUCAGACUUUGGACUGGCAAGACAGGGACCUCCUGAAGGAACAGGUCAUGUUUCAACAGCGGUUGUAGGCACGGUAGGUUAUGCAGCUCCAGAGUAUGUUCAGACAGGGAGGUUGACUGCUAAGAGUGAUGUUUGGAGCUUUGGUGUGGUUCUUUAUGAACUCAUUACAGGAAGGCGAGCAGUUGAGAGAAACCUGCCUCGAAGUGAACAGAAGCUUUUGGAAUGGGUGAAACCUUAUGUUUCGGAUCCAAAGAAAUUCCACAUUAUUUUGGACCCACGACUAGAAGGACAGUAUUGCAUUAGAUCGGCUCAAAAACUUGCAUCAUUAGCCAACAGGUGUUUAGUAAAGCAUCCAAAGUCUCGCCCGAAAAUGAGUGAGGUGGUUGAGAUUCUUGGAAAUAUUAUCACUGAGGCUUCACCCCAGGAAGUUGCAGCUCCUCAACACGUCAAUGAAACCGAAGAAACAGAGGAGGAAACCAUUGUGGAAACUGAACCUGCCGUGUCCACCAAACAAGGACACAAUUGUCUAAAGAAGGUAUUUGACAUAAGAGAAAUUGUCAACUUAAGAAACAAAUCCAUAGGGAAGUUGGAUUGGAGAAACUGGACUCCUGGGUUGGUAAGAACCUCAUAACUGGUUACCAGCUAGUGGCACUACCAAGUUGCAUGGCCUUUUCUCCUUCGAACCUAUCGUUAAACUUGAGAAUUGAGUGUAGAUACCGUGCUGCUUCUCAAAACUCACUGGGGUUACAUAUCUUCUCUCUGUUCCUUAGUUGGCUAGAUGUUGUAGAUAUACAUCUGUGAGCGACUAAAUGGCAUAUGAUGAUCUAUUGUUUAGUAACUGUAGGCUGCAGAUUUUUUCUUAUGUGCUUAGAGCAGAUACGCAAGGGAUUUGUGAUUCUACGCAGUGGACAAUGUGAAGAGCAUCAUCAUCAAGUUUUGUUGAAGAAAUUUUCACAUAGUAUGAAGGUGAUCAUCCCAUAUAUUAUGCACGCUUUGUUUUUGUUUUUGUUUUUGUACAGUGACGUUAUCUAAGCUACCCAAUACUUGUUCAAGAAUCGAGAGUUUUGAUAGGUCAAUCGAUAGAUUUAUUGGUUCUCUGACGAUUAAAUAUAUACACCUUUUCUCGAA